GUGAAGCGCCAAAAGAGUUUUUAAAGAAAUAAAAUAAUCUCCCUGGCGACGUUCUGGAAGAAUAUUUCACUGAAUUAUCUUAGCAGCUGAGAUAUAACGUCCUUGGAUAGCGGUAUUUCCUGAGGAAUCGAAGAUCCUAUGUUGUAGCAGAAUGGCCCGGAAUAGUGGAUGGAGGCAAGUGUGUCCGGAGAAGGUCAGGGGAAGGCAGCUGUUGGCUGUUUCCGGCGGGUCACGGGUCUUUCUGGUCAGACAGAGCGGCCCUGCAGCCUACAAGUUACAGGAGGAGGGCCGAAGGAAGCCUUUGCAGGUACGACUUGGAGACCCCCACGUUUGUAACUGCCGGACUUAUCGCCAGGAGCGAGAACUGUGUUUACAUAUCUGCUGGACCCUCCUCAGGAAGCUACGACUGAAGCCUGAAGAUCCUCUCUCCUACCAGAUGGGGCUGGUACCUCACGACCUGGAAGAACUGAUUCAAGGGUCCCACGUCUGGCCACUUCGUGUGGAGAAGAAGAGAUUCCAGGUCAUGGAAUCAGUGCCCUCUAAACUAAUCGGACAGAAAGACUUGUGCCCCAUUUGUCUGGAAGAGCUGUUGGAAUCUAAAAGACCCGUGACGUUCUGCCGACACGGGUGUGGCCAGUCGGUGCAUAUCGCGUGCAUGAAAGUUGUGGCGCUCCAUCAGACAGCACACGACCUACAGGACGGGCGGGAUGACGGGAUGCUCAACUGUCCACUGUGCAGGGGAGAUUUUUGCACCUGGCGUGACCUACGAGAAGAAAUUCGCAACGCUCUCUACUACAACAGGCGCCUGCCGCUGCUGCCACCCUUAGUGGGGCCACGGCCCGUACAUAAAGACGUGACUUGCACCUCGUGUAACUGCACCCCCGUGCAGGGCCUGCUGUAUCGCUGCUUCACUUGUCCCUUUGUCCUUAUGUGUGACGAAUGCGUCACUGAUCGUAAAGGGGUCGGCGUCGCGGCGCUUCACAAUGACCACGGCCUGGCCGUCAAGCAGAAUCCAUCGGACCGCUGGCGCCCCCUCCCUCGCUGGGAAUCUCCUCAAAAGAGAGCGCUGCUGAGAGACACUCCUUCGCCGAGCUGCAAGGUAUCUGAGGAGCUUAUCUCAGAGUUACGAGCACUGAGAGUCUGCAAAGGUCAUGCCUUGCUCAACAGAGGGCAGCAGUGUUGUCUGUGCCUCACACGCUAUCAGGUUCGGCAGGAGGUGGUAACACUACCAUGCGGCCAUCAGUUUCAUGCGGCCUGUGUGACCCGGUGGCUUCUCAACUCGUCUGAUUCCUGCCCGCUAGAUGGGUCUCCUGUCUCCCCUACCCUGCGUCACCGAGCCCUCCAACGAGGUUGUGAUCUUAAGAGGAUGGAAUUCGGAAAGUACAAGAAACAGAAGAAGGGACUGCUGGAGUCCCCACUUCAGAACCAGGCACUGGACACAUCGCUUCGAGUGAAGGGACUCUCUCUCAUAGAUCGUAGGAAUUUUAAAAGACAGCAACAGCUGCAACAACUAGAUAAGUCACUCACGUCACUCGUGGUUUCUCCCAGGCACUACUCCGCAAACAUAGGAUUUUCAGAUUUUGACCUGAAGAACACCUCGCAAAGCUCAUGGGGUGCAAUGCGCUUCUAAACAAGUCAUUUCAUACUGCAAGGCCCAGUAAGGCUUCCAGAUCACAGCAGUCAGUUCUGGAAGACG